GGAGUGAUGGAGAGGGGCUGCAGUUGUCAUGGAAACGCCGAGGGGGCUGGAGGAGGAGGAGGGAGGAGCAUUAGGAAGUGGGACCAGUGUUUUGUUAUUGAAGGUCACGUGGCACGGCGAGGCCCCUCCCCCCUCCGUUACCACCGAUUCAACCGUCUCGAGCUGCUGCUCCGGUCAGUUACUACAAAAUGGCUGCAGAGGCUCCGCCGCCGCCGACGAGAUCCUCCUGAUCGCUCCAUGCUGUGAGAAGAAGCAAAAAACACGAGAAGAGAACCAUUUGAUGGAAGAUAAGAAAAAGAAAAAGCAAGAAGAAAAGAAAAAGAAAGACGCUGCUCAGAAAAAGGCCACAGAACAGAUAACCAAAGUGCCAGACUCUGCCAAGCUCGACCCCACCCCUCCUCUUCCCCCCGUCAACCCCAGUGCCGUUCCGUCUGUACCCCCGAGCAGUGGCAAUGGCAAGCGCGCCCCCUCCGGAGGUCAGCCGCAGACAGCACAGCAGCCCCAGACUCUGCUCCAGCAGCGCUACCCGCCCAGAGAGGUGCCCCCACGCUUCCGUCAGCAGGAGCACAAGCAGCUGUUGAAGAGGGGCCAGCCUCUACCCUCGGGGACCCUGCCUCUCACCACGGGACGUCCUGCCACUACUGAACCUGCAGUAGCCAUACACUCCUCUCCCUCCUGCUCCUCUUCCUCUACAGCCAGCCUGCCUACAGAACUGCCCCCACAGAGCGGCCAGGGAGCCCAGUAUGAUAAUCCCCUCUGGGGACACCUGCCAGCCAACAGGAGUGCCACAAGUGCUGCAUCUUCCACCAAUCUCAGUGGCUGGGAUCAACUGAUCAUUGACCAGAAGGACACAGAGGCUUGGCCUUCUAUUACUCUCAGCCAGAGCCAGGCCCCUCCAGGAGGAUGCCCUUUGGACACUGACCCUGGUCGUCUGACCAGCAGCAGCAGCAGCAGCAGCAACAGCAGUAGUACUAGUAGUAGUUGCAGUACAGUGAUUAUGGCCACAGGGGCCAAUAGCCAGACAGGCCACUUCCCUGCCAACCACCUUAGCAGUAAGGCCAACAGUGGGCCCAGCCCUGCCAAUCAUACUGGAACCAGCAUGCUCUCUAGCCAGGUUGCAGCCAAUCGCAGCUGGGGCUCUGGGCCUGGACCUUCCCAUUGCCCCCCUCAGUCCUCAGUGGGGAGUGAAGGGAAGAGUGAUGGCCCAGUUGGAGGAGGAGGUAGCAGGGGCUGGGGCAGUACUUCAUCAUCCUCCACCAACAACUUUAACUUGAACCUAAACCCUAAUGCCAACCCUUCUGCCUGGCCUAUGUUGGGGCAUGAUGGGGGUGGCACAGGGGCAGGCAGCUCAGGGGGAGCCAACACCAUUUCACCUCCUCAACCUACACCCAACCUCUGUAAUCCACCUGCCCCCCCACCAGCCCAGACCAGCACCUGUACCGGAGCCAACACUAACAGCAACUCCUCGGGGAUUGGCAGCGCCUGGGGUAGCAUAAUGGCCUCUGACACAUCAGAGCCACACCCCUCCCCGUCCACGAAUGUGUCUUUCAGUUCAGAACCUCAGAACCUUAAAACUGAUGGACCAAAUCACACUAAUAAGCAGGAACCCCCCAGCCCCAUCCGCAACUUGCCUGGCUGGGGUAGUGCACCUGUAGGCUUGGGUUCCAUGGCCCAACCCCCACCAGGGGGACCACAGGUUAAUGGAGAAGAUGGUAGCUCAGUAUGGGGUAACAAGGGUGACUCAAAGACAUCUUCAUCCAAGGAGGCACCUGGCUGGGACUCUGGCUGGGGCCAUGGUGGAAGUGGAGCAGGAAACUCGGGAGGCUGGGGUGACCAGUCUGCUGGAGGCUGGGGGAAGCAGCACACUGAAGAGACCCAGGGAGGCUGGGAUGCCCCCAGCUCUCCUCCCCAGGAUCCACAGGCUAGUCCUUGGAGCCGAGCUGUGAGCACAGCUGCCGCAAGUGAAGGGAGCAGUGACAGCAUGGAAGGACAUCCCCGGCACAGAGACCACUCAUCUCGAGAUAAUCCAGCUCCUCUGCUGCCUGCCCAGGAUCUGGACCCCAGAGUGUUGUGUAACACUGGUUGGGGACAGACCCCCGUUCGCCAGCACACCUCCUGGGAUAUGAACGAUACUAAACGCAAGAAUGAUGGAGGCACUGAAUCAUGGGGCUCUGGCCCAACCACUCCAAGUGAUGCCCAGGGGCCUUCCAACACUAAUAUGGGCCCAUCUCAGAGGACUGACCCUGGGGGCAAAAAUGAUGUGCCUGGUUCUCAGGGACCCUCAGGUUGGGGUGGAAGCAUAGCUGCUACCAACCAGCCUAGCCCUGGUUGGGGAGAGCCACCCAGCAACAGUAAACCCACAGGUGGCUCUGGUGGCUGGGGGAACACUUCAGCAGGAGGCCCCACCACCAAUAUACCCAAGAAUGGAAGUCAGUCCUGGGGAGAGGAGAAGCCAACUGGGUGGGAUGAUUCUCACAUCAAGUCAACAUCCCAAGGCUGGGGAGAGCAACCCAAAGCAUCCCACAACUGGGGCAAUAGUGGAGGGAGCAAUAAUGCAGGGGACUGGAGAGAACCAGAAGAAAACAAAAAGAGUCCCGCCAACCCUGGGUGGGAGGGAGAAUCAGGAGGCUGGAAGGAAAAACCACGAGGCUGGGGAAUGCCUUCUUCAGGACCUGGGAUAUCUGGAGCUGGAGGAAAUGGGGGAUGGGGAGAGCCUGUUUGCCAGCGUCCUAGUGGCCCUCCCCAAGGUUGGGGAGGCAAGCCUCAGGAUGGGCCUAGUAAUAAUAAUAAUAAUAGUAGUAGUGGAGGUGGAGGUGGAGGUGGAAGCAUGGGCUCUUGGGGUGGCUCAGGCACAGCAAAGCAGGGUGGAAGCUGGAGUGGCAGUAAGCAGGAGUCCACUGCUGAGCCUACAGGCUGGGAAGAACCAUCCCCACCUUCAAUCCGACGUAAAAUGGAGAUAGAUGAUGGGACCUCAGCUUGGGGUGACCCUGGUACCUACAACAAGGCAGUCAACCUGUGGGACAGGAACAAUCCAGGAAUGUCCCAGGCUAAAGUUACCACUGGAGGCAAUAACCCCCCAGGCCCAAACAACAACCACCCCCCCUCUCACAAUCACUCCUAUCAUGGGCCCCCUGCACCUUUACAGAACCACACCCAAAACACCCCAAACCCAGGGCCCACCAGUGGGCCCAUGGAUCCUGUUGUUGUCCAACACCAGUCCGGGCCAUCUCACAACAGGGGUCCCCCCCUGAUAGCUCAAGGUUGGGGAGAGAUACCUAGUUCCCACACAAAAUCAGAGAGCACUUGGGGGGAACCUGCACCCGCACCGGUCAGUGUGGACAAUGGGACGUCUGCCUGGGGCAAACCUACCGGGAGCUGUGGAGGCUGGGCAGAUGGCAACCCAGACGGCUAUGGCAGGGGCAACCCAGCAAUGACAUCUGCAUCUUGCAAACCUGCCCCUAAACCUAUGCAAGACGGAUGGGGAGGUGGAGGUGAAGAGCUGAACUUGUCGGGAGGUCAAUGGGAUGCUGAAGAGGGAGACAUGUGGAACAGCACUGCCUCCCAGGAGAGCAACUCCUCCUGUAACUCUUGGGGCAAUGCAUCUAAAAAGGUCCCACAGAAGGGGAAGAUCCCAGGGAAGCAAGAGGAUGCCUGGAUCAUGAAUCGUCUCAUCAAACAGCUGACAGACAUGGGCUUCCCUAGGGAUCCAGCAGAGGAGGCUCUGAAGAGCAACAACAUGAACCUGGAUCAGGCCAUGAGUGCCCUGCUGGAGAAGAAGACUGAGCUGGACAAGCGGGGAAUGGGGAUAACCGGCCACGACUACAACAACGGACUCAUCAACAAGCCCAUGAGCUGCCCUCGGCCUCCGCUUCUUUCCAAAGACCCCUCGGCAGACCCCCGCUUGCCCUUCAUGGACAAGCAGAUGCAGAGUGGAAUGUUUGGCGGUGGUGGAGCAGCACAAGCCCGGGCCAUGCAGCAGCCGCAGCCGCCUCCUCAGCCGCCAGUGCCGCCUCUCAGUUCCUCUCAGCCUAGUCUACGUGCUCAAGUGCCUCAGUUUCUCUCCCCUCAGGUUCAAGCACAGCUCUUACAGUUUGCAGCAAAAAACAUUGGUCUGAAUCCUGCACUUUUAACCUCACCAAUAAACCCUCAACAUAUGACCCUUCUGAAUCAACUUUACCAGCUGCAACUGGCAUACCAGCGUUUACAAAUUCAGCAGCAGAUGUUGCAGGCGCAGCGCGCCUCUGGCCCCAUUCGACAACAAGAGCAGCAAGUUGCACGUACAAUCAAUAACAUGCAGCAGCAGAUCCAACAGCACCAGCGUCAGCUGGCCCAGGCUCUGCUGAUGAAGCAGCAGCAACAGCAGCCACCCCCCUCCCACUCGGGCCUGCAUCCUGGUGGGGCCAAAUCCACCCUGGAUUCAUUUCCAGGUCACCCCCAGGCUCCAGGCCUCCCUGACCUGCAGACCAAAGAGCCACAGUCAUCUCCCAACAACUACAGCCCCUACUCUCUUUCUGGACUGAAUCCAAACAUGAAUGUAAACUGCAUGGAGGUGGGAAGUCUAUCUAUGAAGGAACCACCCCAGCCUCAAUCGCGCCUGUCGCAGUGGACGCAUCCCCACUCCAUCGAAAGCCUCUCUGGAAACUCCUCUCCUCUAGAACCCAACUUGGGCAAGCAUGGUGCCAACCUGGGUCCACCUGGUAAGCCUCAUCAGCUGGAGGACUCUUACAGCCCCUACAAUCUGAUGUCCAGCUCAGAGUCUCCCACCAGCCCCCUGGUCCCUCCUGACAGCUGGGGGCAGGGCAAGAGCAGCAGUGACAAGAUGGCCAAUGGGACCAAUAUCAACUGGCCACCAGAGUUCUGCCCCGGUGUGCCCUGGAAAGGCCUUCAGAAUAUCGACCCCGAGACCGACCCCAACGUGACCCCCGGCAGCGUCCCCAGCGGGCCCACUAUCAACACCAACAUCCAAGAUGUCAACCGCUAUCUGCUGCGGGACAGGAGUGGAGGCUCCUCUCCCACUUCAUCUCAGAACGAGGCUCUGCCUCCCUCCACUGAUUGGCCAGUCAGUGGCUACACUAGCUCGUUCAGUCUGUCGUCCCCGGAGACGGACGAUUCAGGUAAACUGUCAGAGAUGAAAUCUACUUGGUCUCCAGGCCCCAUUUCUCACAGCCAGGCCUCUCUGUCCCAUGAGCUGUGGAAGGUUCCCCAAGGCCCACGGAGCAGCAACGCGGCCCCUUCCCGCCCUCCACCUGGCCUCACCAACACCAAGCCUUCCUCAACCUGGGGAGGCAACUCCCUGGGUCUGGCCCAAGGCUGGAGCAGCUCUUAUACCACAGCAGGUACCACAUGGAGUACAGACAGCUCCACUAGGACCAGUCAGUGGCUGGUUCUGAGGAACCUUACUCCACAGAUUGACGGUUCGACUCUGCGUACACUGUGCAUGCAGCACGGCCCCCUCAUCACAUUCCACCUCAACCUGACACAGGGCAACGCUGUGGUGCGUUACAGCUCCAAGGAUGAAGCCGCCAAGGCUCAGAAGUCCCUGCACAUGUGCGUGCUCGGUAACACCACCAUCCUGGCAGAGUUUGCUGGGGAAGAGGAAGUGAACCGCUUCUUUGCACAGGGCCAGUUGCUUGGUGGAACAACCAGCUGGCAGGCGACUCCAGCCACCAAUCAGACAAGGAUGGGUGGGACCGGGUCUGGAGCCUCCCAUCCAAUCGGUCACUCACCCCACUGGAACAACAACAACAACGGCGGCGGCAGCAGCAGCAGUAGCAGUGGCCUGGGAACAGGCGGAGCAAAGACGGGCGGAGAGUUGCUGUGGGGUGGAGUGCAGCAGUAUUCCAGCCUGUGGGGACCCCCAAGUGGAGAGGAGGGACGGGUCAUGGGGAGUCCCACCCAAAUCAAUACGCUGUUGCCUGGCGACCUGCUGAGUGGGGAGUCCAUGUAGGACGGAAAACGCCCCGGCUUGACAAACACCAACAGGAGCAAAAACCUUGCAAAUCAUUGUGGAGAUAAUCAGUGUGGGUGUGACGGUGAAAAGGAGAGACAAGAGGAGGACGAGGCUACAUCCUCGCUGCUCACCCUCGCCAACCUCCUCCGCUCCUUUUUUUUUUUUUUUUUUUUAAACGACAUUUCAGUUGCAGUUCUUUUGUGAAUCUCAUUCGAGGUUUUGGUCACAGUGUUCAGCUCUUACUUUUGAAGACACAGGAAGUCUUUCAUUCAACAAAGAAAGAGAACUUUUUACACAAAAUGAACUUUUGAGAACUCGCCGUGUGAAACAUGUACUUUAGUCAAACUGACACAAUGACGAGCUGCCAUCUUUAAACUUGCGUAAUCCCUCUCUGCCUUUUGAGGCAAUCAUACUGCACCUCAGAGAUCCAUUAAGAAAGGCGUCAUUCCCAAAGUAAAAACCCUUCAAUCAGAGUGGUUGUCGAACUUUCAGCUGGUCCAGACUCAACAUUUGUUUCUCUCAGCACUAAUAUUAGCCUUAACCUCUUUCCUGCCCUGCUAUCCUCACUCACUGUACUUGGUGAAGAAGCAUACGGACACUUGCACACCCUUAUUUCUGAGCCAGUGAAACCUGAGUGGAGAGUACAUGCUGCUGCGGCUUGACAUAAACAACCACAGCUCACAACUUCAGUGCAUUUUUGCAAGCAGAUUGAGUUCCCCACACAACGCUCAAAGGGAAUGAUGCAACUCUGUUCGCCGUGUUCAAGCCAUUUAUUUUUGUAGUGGUUUUGUUUUUUUUUUGUUUUUCUUCUUAAACCAUUGCAAAGCUAAGAACUGAUAUUAUUCAAACGUGUCUGUCAAUCUUACCUGGUGGGGGGGGAGAGUUUUGGGGGUUAUGUACAGUUGUAGACGUGAUGGAUGACAAAAUGAACCACUGCUAUUACUAUGGAACUGUAAAGACAAAAAAAACUUCAAUGCACCUCAACUCGUCUGCGGGGGAACUCGCAGUUUGGUCUCAGUCCCGGACCCUCUCACUGAUGUUGUGGAAAACCUCAAGUCGUAAAUGUUUCCCACCGGUUUGUAGUCAAACGACCCCCCACCCCAGCUCCGCCUGCAAAAACACCAUUUCAAAGUGACGUGCAAUAUAAGCCACAGACUCUACCGUCCAAGCACCCUACCACGACCUCUCGCAGAAAGAGAGGAGACUAUAAGGAAUGAUUGAACUGCAAAAGCUCUAUCUGCCCUGCACCCCACUCCCCCUACCCUAAAACUGCCACUACUACCCUUUCAUCUCCCCCAUCCCCAAGAGUGUGUGAGCUCAGGAGAGUAGCAAGCUGGUCUUCAACCACCUUCUGUCCAAGAUACAAGGACAUACACACAAAGCACUUACUCAACCAGCCUACUCUCCACACUUAAGCCAGUGACUAGUUUUUGGGGGAGAAGGAGGGACAGGUGUGUUUGCGUGUGUGUGUGUGUGUAUGUUUCAGUGUGUGUGUGUGUGUGUGUGUGUGCGCUUGAGGAGAAGGCAUCAAACCAAAAUGAGAGGAGCCUGUUUUCCUUUUUACCCAGAAGACCAGAUGACCUUUUUUUUUUUCUUUCUUUCUUUUUGCCCAAAUUUGCGUAGGUUAAAAAAAAAAAAAAAAAAAAAAAAAGAAGUAUGAAGCAAAGAUUUGUGAAUAGGUGGUCUAUCAUAGCACUUAGCAAGAGCGUCGCAGCUCGUCAUACCCUUAAUGCCAACGAAUAGAAGAAAGGAGAAGCAACACUGGCAAAUAAAAACUGAAAACAAAACAAGGACAAAAAAAGCAAUGUGCUUAGUGGCUUCUCUAUAUACUUAUUUUUGAACUUAACAUGGAUGUGAAGAUGUUUGUUUUGUUUUUGUUUUGUUUUUUUCUCCAAUCCUUCUUCCCUCAAGUCAGUGGGACCAGGAAGGAUGUCAAACAUGGUAGCAAAGUGAAGGGAAAAUACAAAGAAAGAACUAACUCAACCGAUGAUGAUGUGCAGCAGGGGGGGGGAAAGACCCCCCGAAAGCGCUCAUCCUCACCCUCUUUAUCAAAGUAAAUAUCACUGUUACAUUGCAUACUUUGAAAUCUUUAGCCUUGGUGUCUGGAAACGCUCGACGUGUUUUAUGUUCUACUGGGUCCAGCAGGGAGGAUCGCCAUCUUUUUUUUUUUUUUCUUCGUCCUUUUUCUCCUUUUUUUUUUUUUUUUCUCGUCUUCUUUCUAUUGGAGGCCCUGCCAACCUGUGUGAUAGUGUGGCCACUGAGUGCCUGCCUGCUGCAGAGUGCAGUGCUCUGCAGCAGCCCCUCAUCCCCGCCCUCCCUCCCUCCGCUCCAACUCGCUCGCUGCCUCCCUGCGGAUCCCUACAGAGACUGGCUUCCCUCCCCUCCCUCCUCCUCCUCCUCGGCCUCCAGGCCAAGAGCAGCUCUUUCAGAACUGGCCCACCUGUAUUAAAUUUACUACUACUGCUGCGCCAGAGUCUGUCCUCAGCAACUCCACUCUCUCUCUCUUUCUCUCUCUCUCUCUCUCUCUCUGUCUCUCUCCUGCAAGGAUCACUUUAGCCAGAGAUGGAGGCAUUUGAUGUGUUUUUGUUUUGUUUUUUUUUCACUUAUGAAAUUGCCAGUGAGCAUUUUUAUUUUUUAUUUUAUUGUUGUCAUGAAGUUUGCUGAUAUUGUUGCUGUUAUCAUUGAUGAUAUAGAUAAUGAUUGUUUUCUGAUGAUGACGAUUUCAUGGCUUUUUUUAAAUACUGGUCGUUAUGCAGUGUUCAGCUUCUCUCCUGCCCCUCCCGCCUGCCUCCCAAGGCAGAAGCAGUGCGUUGUUUAGAGGUACGCCUCAGCCGUUGCAGCAAGGCCACACGAGACACUGCAGAUCUCAGUAGAAAAAGGCCGGUAGGGGAGCUCAUUUAUGUUGGGGGGGGUUGUUUCGAGUUGGACAGAGUUAAAUCAAGUGGGGAAAGUGUAGUCAGAGGUUCUCCAGGAUAGUGAGCCAACUUCCUUUUGUCCAUCCUGGGGCACCGACCUCCACUCCAUGUUGUCUCAUAUCACACACAUCCUUUAUAGUGUUGAUGGGCCUCACUCACUGGUGCUUUAUGUUUAACUCUGGGAGCACUCAGUUACACUUAGAACCACCUCAACUGAUAACAGCCUUCCAUUUCUAUGCAAAGACAAGGAGGUGUUCGCUCACAGCCAUCUAGAAGAUCAUAGCCAUCCCUCACAUCUACAUCUUCACUUAUCUCUCAACCUUUACUACCAGGCAGCUUCCCUUGAGAAAAAAAAAAAACCCUUGAUAAAAUGAAAGGGACACUGAAAGAGCUUCACUUCAAGUGUUUAGUCUCCCACUGUGUGGACAGAGCUACUAGAUGACACUAAAUGACCUGCUGGAGGCACUAAUGGUUGGCAAACAGUCACCUCUUCAGUCUUGUGCCAACUGAUCUACAAAUAUCUACUUCCACCUUUGCCAUAUCAUCAUUUAUCUUUAGCGUGAUGAGACUUAAGUUUCUUUUAUUGCCGCAGCUGUAGGAGGCUUGAGGAGUAGAAGGGCAGGACAGAUGAAUGGUGCUGGUCUUUCACCAACAGGGGGACUGGAAAUGUAGUGGAGGCUGCAGGAGGAUGAGGGGGUGCUCCCUGUAUGUGUCUGUGCACUGUUUAUGGGUCACAUCGGGUACAUCUCUUUUUAAAAAACCAAAAACAUCUUUUUCUUUAUCAUCAAGGUUUUCGCAAAAACUAGAAACUACAAAAAAAAAGAAGAAAAAAAAAAGUAUGUUUCAGCUGUGCACUCCGAGGCUGAGAUGCCUGUGUUCUGUUUCUCUGCAAGCUGCCGCCUUCGAACCCCAUCUGGGCUCAUCCUCUGGGUCACAUGUGGGGAAGCUGUAUCCAGGUGAUUACAACCUGCAACCUGAAGGUCGCGCCAGCCAAUAUGUAACAGGUCAUUUCUGCACAUCUGGCUUUUUGGGGGGGGGUCAGGGUCCAUGCAGGGACCCUCAGCGUAUCAGCAGAAAUAGGGACACACCUCAAGUUUGGUACCAAGUCUUAAAACUUUUGGGAUUUGCCCUCUUCCAGAGUCGCUUCAGACUCGCAUCAUUCAACAAAACAAUCACUAUUGCCUGUGUUGUCUGUUUGCGUGUUUGUUUGUUCUUGAAAACCUGCAUUUACUCCACACUGGACAUGAAUCAAGGAACUGGCGUUUAAAAGCGGGGAGUCGAAUAGAGUGGAAGAACGGGUGAGCGGGACGGGGGUCGGGUCUCAGAUGUGCCCUGGAUUUCUUGGCGCAGCACCAGCACUGAGAGCCCCGGCACCUCCAACACUCUUCGCCUGCACUCUUAUCUACCUGUCUAGUGUUGGAAAUCAGAUGCUUUCCCUUUUUUUUUUUUUUUUUUUAAAGUCACACAGACUCAAAGGCAACUGGAGUUCAAGCAAAGUAUGCUUCUCAAUCAUGGAUCAGACAAGGGUGUGGGGCAGGGGCCCCAAAAAGAGUUGAAUUAGCAAAUCUCUCUUUAAAAAACAAAAAAAAAAACAAAGGCCUGGGUUGAAUAUGCACAUGCUAGUUCAUACACAGUAUACAACCAAGAGUACAUAAUGGGUGUAUGUGUGUGUAUAUGGCUAGAUCUCUGUUUUCCACUUAGCCUAAGCCCCCUCCCUGCCCUGCCUUCAGCCCUUAACCCUGUGUAUCCUCCUCAACAUUAUAUUUCCCAGAAGACAAGAUCAUAAACAUAUCAGAGUAAUACAAAAUAAUGAAAACAAAUACUUGAAUCAAAAGAAGCGCCAAUAAUGUAAUGUGAACACUUUUUGUAGUGGUUUUUUGUCUCAUUCAUAAACUUCAGAGAUUUUUGAUAGCAUCGGGUUCAGAGUGAAUUAAAUUUAAAAAAAAUACGAGUGUUGUUGAAAACAAAGAUCGAUUAUAAAGGCAAAUUUACAUCUGUUGUAUUUGAGUGUUUGCACAAGGCUGCUUGUACUGUAUGUUGUUUGAAUGACUGUUCAGUGUGUGUGAGGUGAAAAUAUGUAUGAGAGCUUGUGAUUACAGCGGAGGAAUUUCCGCCUUGUGAUUCUUUUCAAUUCAGUAUACUUUUGUUGUUGAUUUUGUUUUUUGUUUUUUUUUCUUUUUGCUUGUCAAAAAUAUAUUCUGAUGUUAAUUGUUACUAGCCUCUAGCGUUGCACUGAGUGUCGGCCUCACCCCUCAUCCAGCUAAACGAACAACAUGAUACAAGUACUGAGGGGAGACGGGGACAGUUCAUGUGUAAAUGUUUACUCAAGGACUAAAAUAAGUGUGUUUUUAAAAAUGUAAUGUUUAUCUACCUUAGUGGCUUUCAUUGUGGAAUAAUCCAAGAAAGUAUGGAUCAUAAUUGAGUAUUGCACCAUUUUUCAGACUGUAAACCUAAAAAAAAAAUGAAAAAAAAAGAAAAAAAAAUCACAUAUGUAUAAAAAAAAUGCAGCAAAAAAAAGUAUUUUGCAGACCUGUGGCCAUAGAUUGGGUAGAAGGACUUUAGCUCUCCCAAAUCUGAGCAAUGGAGAGAGUGAAGGACAAGACAUCAGACUGAGCCUUGGCUUCUAGGGCUCACUUCAGAGGUGCCUACCUUUUUGGUUUGUUAGCUUUCGUUCUGUUUUCACUUAAGUUCAAUUCACUCAUGUUGUCAUUUUUUUUUUCUCUGCAAGGCCACUGACAGUUUACAAACACUUUGUUUUUUUCUGGAGUUCAGAAAAAAAGAGAAAAAAAAAUCAGCAACACAAAAGAAUUAAACCAUGGGAAUGUUGGAAAAAAGAAAAAAAAAGGACAAAUGCUUCCAUUUUUAAAGAAAAGAAAAAGUGCAACACUUCACAGAAUGAAGAUUUAUUGUGCUACUUUCAGAACUCUGGGAUUGAACAGUGUUGUCUCGUUCUGUUUAACCUUCUUUGUUCUGUGUUUAAUGUUGAUUUCAUGGACUAUCUGAAGCCUGUAUGUUUUAUGUUUGAUUAUAUUUUUUUCCUUUAUAGAAAAACAAACAAAAAAA